AAAAUAGAGCCUGUUGCUGCUGCAGCGGAUUCCUUUGCCCCUCUCAUUUCCCACCGCCUUUGGGUGUCACGUAUAGACGCGGGCAAACGCUCCCUCACAUGCACAACUCGAGCGCGCAUAAAUGUUUUGCACCGCCACGCCGAGGAAACCCAGGCACAUUUUCCUGCAAACACACGCGCGCGCGCACACGUACUUCGGGCGGGCGCCCACGUCCUCUGUCCCUCACCGACCAGGCACAGACAUUGACACGCGUAGGCCAGGGGAGCGCUAACCGCCGUCCCGAGACUCCACGCAGGUGCCCAGAACGCGCCUCUCACGUUGUGCCUGGAACCGGUCAGCCAACGCAGACAAACCUGCCGGCACUUAAGUCCACUCGCUGGAUUUCGUCUCCAUGGCAACAAGCAUGGAAGAAGAAAUAAACAUCACAUACAACAUUUAUGAAUAUAACAGGCUAUAUAUCAGUACACAAGAUAUUAAGAUGAUGUUUUCCUCCUGAGGCGAAGAGGUGAUUCCAGCAGGAAUUGUGAAGAGCUGCAACCAUGCACCCGUGAAUAAUGAGUAGUACCUACUGCGGCAACUCUUCAGCUAAGAUGAGUGUCAACGAAGUAUCAGCUUUCUCACUGACUCUGGAGCAAAAGACUGGCUUUGCUUUUGUUGGGAUUUUGUGUAUCUUCCUGGGACUUCUUAUCAUUAGAUGCUUCAAAAUCCUGUUAGACCCAUAUAGUAGCAUGCCUUCCUCUACCUGGGAGGAUGAAGUUGAAGAGUUUGAUAAAGGGACAUUUGAAUAUGCACUGGCGUGAGAGUUCCAGCUUGAUAGGUUUGAUGGUUAUGCCAUUGGGACACGUGGUGGGUACAUUUGCAAUUACCUUGAGUGGGCGGGAGAGCAGUUCAGUUAGUUCACUGAGUUCAAUAAACAUCUGUGAUUAAUUUCUCCACCAUGCUGAGUAAAUAAUAAACCAUCGUUGGAAUUUGUCAUUUUCCUCUGUCUCCAAAUGGAGGUGUCUAAUGACUAGAGUAUAAGGAUUGCUGGAGCCAUAUAUACCAUUUGUAUUCUUAUUGCAAACAUCUGCUUUGAAUUUCUGCUUCCUUUCUUGUGCUAAUAAACUAUGCUAGAGCCUC